AUGGAGGAAGUGGAGAGUAUGUGGCAGACGUUGUCUCUCUCUGCAGAGGAGAAGGCUGGCCUUGAAGUCCCAAACUUCCCCGGAGUGUCAAAGUCUCUGCUAGCUGGUAAAUUCCUGACUCACCGCAUUAUCAAUAAGGAGGCGGUAUUAAGAACGUUUAAGUCGCUUUGGCGUACUCAAAAACCCUUUCACAUCUACGAUGUGGGAGAGAACAAAAUGAUUUUUGAGUUUGAAACAGAUACUGAUCUGGAAAGGGUCCUGGAGUAUGAACCUUGGACCUACGAUAAACAUCUAGUAAUUUUUCAAAGGAUUGACAAUGCGUCCACGGUUACGUCCCUAGCCUUUAACAAGUGCACUUUCUGGGCUCAAAUCCACGAUCUCCCCAUUAAGAGUAUGACGUCGGAGCUGGGUAUGAGUAUAGGGAACUCCAUUAGUAAAGCUGUGUGUGUGGCUAAGCCUAACAAUGAUGGGGUUAUUGGCUGCUUUCUUCAUGUCCGUGUCACCCUCAACGUUUCAAAACCUUUGAGUAGGGGAAGGAAACUUAAGGACAAUGGUGUAGUGGUGGGGUGGGCAUCCUUCCAUUACGAAGGGUUUCCCAACUUUUGCUAUUGGUGCGGCUGCCUGCUGCACGAAUAUAGGGAGUGUGAGGUCUAG